AUGCCUCCCAUCCUUGGUUCCGCAAACUUCCUGUCCAAUCUCGAGCUUGCCACUCAUAUUCUCAACCUAUAUUUCUGUCGGGCUGUUGUCCUUUUCCCUGGUUUCAUACAAGCCAUGACAGCCAAACACGAACAUCUCGAAAGUCUCCGAACACUAUACAUUAUCCAGGAACUCCGGAAUAAAAUAAUCGGAAAAUUGAAAAAUAAUAAGGCCAUCCGUAUCUAG